AUGUCGGAUUCUGAAGCUAGUAACUUUUCGGAUAACGAAAAUGCCUCGGAGGCGGGUUCAGUGAGAUCAGGUUCUCGUAGCCGAUCAAGAUCGGUUUCCAAAUCUCGAUCUAGAUCUCCAAGUAGGUCUAGAAGUAGAUCAAGGGGUCGAAGUAGAUCACGAUCCAGAUCGAGGUCAAGAUCUGGUAGUAGAUCUGCUAGAUCAGGUUCUGAAGCUCGCGAAGCUUCUGGUAAUGAAGAGGUUGCUGAUGAGGAGGAACCUGAAGGUGAUAGUUUAAAUGAGUAUGACAGUGAAGAAGAUGAAUCGGACGAUGGUAGACAUGCUAAAAAACGUAAAAAGGAUAGGUUUCGUGAUUUUAUUAUUGAUGAAGCUGAAGUUGAUGACGAGGUUGAAGACGAAGAUGAAUGGGAAGACGGAGCCCAAGAGAUUGGAAUUGUCCCCAAUGAAGUGGACGAAUUUGGUCCGACAGCCAGAGAAAUUGAAGGGAGACGAAGAGGAACUAACCUUUGGGACGCUCAGAAAGAGCAUGAAAUCGAGGAGUAUCUAAGGAAAAAGUAUGCUGAUGACAGUGUUGCCGCUAAACAUUUCGGAGAUGGUGGGGAGGAGAUGUCCGACGAGAUUACUCAGCAAACUCUGUUACCUGGUGUAAAAGACCCAAAUCUGUGGAUGGUAAAAUGCCGCAUCGGCGAGGAAAAAUCCACGUGCUUGCUGCUCAUGCGCAAAUUCCUCGCCUACCAAAACACGAACGAACCCCUCCAAAUAAAAUCGGUCGUAGCGCCCGAGGGCGUCAAAGGCUACAUCUACAUCGAGGCCUUCAAACAUCCGCACGUCAAGGCGGCCAUCGAAAACGUCGGCAACCUGCGCAUGGGCAUGUGGAAGCAGCAAAUGGUGCCGAUCAAAGAGAUGACGGACGUUUUGAGGGUGGUUAAGGAGCAGACGGGGUUGAAGUCCAGGCAGUGGGUGAGGUUGAAGAGGGGGUUGUACAAGGACGAUAUCGCGCAGGUGGAUUAUUUCGAUAUGGCGCAGAAUCAGGUGCAUUUGAAGUUGCUGCCCAGGAUUGAUUAUACAAGGUUGAGGGGCGCGUUGAGGACUACGCAGUCGGAAUCUGAAGCAGAAAAACGAAAGAAAAAAAGAAGACCACCAAGCAAACCUUUUGACCCAGAAGCCAUUAGAGCUAUUGGUGGUGAGGUCACGCAAGAUGGUGACUUCCUUAUUUUUGAAGGAAACAGAUAUUCCCGAAAAGGUUUCUUGUACAAGAACUUCACCAUGAGCGCUGUUCUCAUAGAAGGAGUGAAGCCAACUUUGGCAGAACUCGAAAGAUUUGAAGAACAACCGGAAGGAAUCGAUUUGGAACUUCCGACAGAAAAAGAAGACAAAGCUGUAACGCAUUCUUUUAGUGCUGGAGACAAUGUGGAAGUUUCAGAGGGAGAAUUGAUUAACCUACAGGGUAAAAUCGUGAGCAUAGACGGCUCGAUGAUCACGGUGAUGCCCAAACACGAAGAACUAAAAGAUCCCUUAGUAUUCCAAGCUAACGAACUGAGAAAGUACUUCAAAAUGGGCGACCACGUCAAAGUUCUUUCCGGUAGAUAUGAAGGAGACACCGGACUAAUUGUUCGCGUGGAAAACAACCGCGUUGUUUUAAUUUCCGACCUGACUAUGCACGAGAUGGAAAUUUUGCCCAAAGAUUUGCAACUUUGCACGGACAUGGCGUCUGGGGUGGAUUCCCUAGGUAAAUUCGAGUGGGGAGAUCUCGUAAAUCUCGACGCAGAAACUGUUGGUGUUAUUGUACGAUUGGAACGAGAAAAUUUCCACGUUCUAAAUAUGCACGGCAAAGUAGUGGAGGUGCGCCCAGGUUCCCUGCAAAAACGCCGCCUUAAUCGUUUUACGGCGGCGCUCGAUUCCUACAGAAACAACUUGCACCGCCGCGACAUGGUCAAAGUGAUCGACGGACCGCAUAACGGUUUUUCCGGCGAAAUCAAACAUAUCUACCGAAAUUUCGCGUUUUUGUACUCCGUCACUUUCCUGCAAAACGGCGGUAUUUUCGUCUGCAAAACCAAACAUCUGCAGCUAGCGGGCGGUAAUAAGACGCUGCCCAGUGCAGAAAUCGGUUCGGGGAUGGAGUUUAUGUCUCCGAGGAGAGCCAGUCCGAUGCAUCCAUCGAGUGGAGGCGGCGGUGCAGCAGGAGGAGGAGGAGGUGGUGGAGGCGGAGGUUUCGGCGGCGGCGGCCGAGGCGGUGCGCACGGCGGCGGCGGCAGAGGACGCGCGACACGCGAUCGCGAUCUUAUCGGCACGACCAUUAAAAUUACGCGCGGCCCCUACAAAGGCAACAUCGGAAUCGUCAAGGACGCCACGCAGAGCACCGCUCGUAUCGAGCUCCACACUUCCUGUCAAACGAUCUCCGUCGACAGAAACAACAUCGCUGACGUCGGAGCUACCAAAGAUACCGCAGGUAGCGCCACCAGUUACGGCAGAACCCCGGCCUACACCGGAAACCAGACUCCGUUGUACAGGGAAUCGGGCAACAAAACUCCGAUGUGCGACUCUGGCGGUUCUCGCACGCCUCUGCAUUACGGUUCCAUGACUCCAUUACACGAUGGGUCGAGGACACCCAACGCUGGGUCCGAAUGGGACGCCUCUGUCUCGCAGGCGUACCCAAGUCCUGGGUACGAUCCCAGUACCCCGGCCUACCAGGUCAACGGGCCGUUUACACCGCAGACUCCAGGUACAAUGUACGAAUCCACGUACAGUCCUUACCAGACAAGCCCAGGCUAUCAAAGCGCCAUCUCUACGCCAAGUCCAGGAACUGGCUACGGCCAAUCUCCGGCCAGCAACAACCCAUACAACACCCCAAGCUCCGGUUACAGUCCGGCUUACAACCCGCAAACGCCCGGAGCCGGUCUGGAUAUUCUACCGAUGACCGAUUGGCAUACAGUGGACAUUGAGGUUAGGAUUCGCGACGGCGAUUCCGGUUUGGUCGGCCAAACCGGCGUUAUUAGGAGCAUUUCCGGGGCAAUGUGCUCCGUGUUUUUACCGGAGGAAGACAGGGUUGUCAAUAUUAUGUCCGAUCAUUUGGAUCCCGUAAGGCCGCAGAGAGGGGACGAUUUUAAGGUUAUAAUAGGAGAAGAAAGAGAAGCGACAGGGGAAUUAUUAUCCAUAGAUCUUCACGAAGGGGUUGUGAAAAUAAAAGAAGAAAUAAAGAUGUUGCCGUUACAAAAUCUCUGCAAGAUGCGCAAAGAUCAUUGA